AUGACCAACCCCUCCCCCCUAACCCGGCUAACAACCCACGGCUACGUGAUAAUCCCCUCCUUCCUACCCCCCUCCACCCUCUCCGCCCUCCGCACCGCCUCAUCCACUCUCAUCUCCCUCUCCUCUGCCGGCCAAUGGCCCCACGUCCGCACCACAGGCAAACAAUUUCCCCCCUGGGACCCCUCCCUAGUCCCGCACUCGGCCGGCAUCUGGGGCGUCCAACACCUCCUCCACCCUUCCCUCCCCCUCCCCCCCUCCCAACGCGAGGCUUUUGUCAAGCUCUACUUCUCCCCCGCGCUGCUCUCCCUCUCCCGGGAAAUCCUCUCCCUCCCUCCGCCUGACGGCCUGGUGAUGGAACUGUUCAACCUGCUGUGUGGGCCCAGCGACGGGAAAGGGUUCGAGCUCUCCUGGCAUAGGGACGACAUUCCCGCCUCGGCGACGGAGGAGGAGGAACGGGAGAGGGUGUGUAAACCGGGGGAGGUGUACUCUCAUACGCAGUGGAAUUUGCCGUUAAGGCGGGGGAUUAUGGUGUUUUACGAUAACAACAUCCUCCAUCGGGGGGUGUACUUCGGGGGGAAUGUGCUGCAGCACGGGGUCGGGAGCUGGGUUGAGCGGGCCGAUUUUUCUUGUCUGGGGGAGGGGGAAGAAAGAAAGACGGCGGAGGGGAUGAGGAGGAGGUUGGUCGAGAUGGGGAGGGCUGCUGGAGAGGUUGGCUACUCGCUUGUCGGCUGA